AUAGUGCUGUCGGGUUAUAUAAAUAGCGACGAACAAGCAUCUGCUGUCAAAUGAGCUCCUGCUUCCACACGUGCAGCUUGUCCCCCCAGAGAGGAAACAGGCCGAAGCAAUCCUCCACCAUGGAAGCCCUCAAAAAGAACAACCUGACCCUGCAGAUCCUCGCUGCAGCCGAGGAGGGCGGCUACGGCGUGAUCGCCCAGUGCGUAUACGACAUUCAGUCAGUCGUAGCGCUCGUGCGUGCAUGUGAGUCGGCACGCUCGCCCGCAAUCCUUCAGCUCUUCCCCAUCACCAUGCGCCAAUUCGGCCCGCUUUUCGUCAAGUACUGCAUCGAUGCAGCGCAUGCUGCGAGCGUGCCGAUCAGCGUGCACGUCGACCAUGCGCAGGAGGAUGAAGACAUCAAAUGGAUAUUGGAGGAGCUCGCUGAGAAGCAACACAUCAAGGUCGACUCAAUCAUGAUUGACGCAAGCCAUGCUGAUAAUGACGAGAGCAGCAUCAAGCAGGCAAAGCCAUUUGUCGACAAAGCUGUUUCGCUCGGUAUCGCUGUGGAGGUUGAGCUUGGCCGUCUUAGCGGUGGAGAGGGUGGCAUCAAGACCGCUGAUGAAGCCAUCCUCACUAAGCCCGAGAAAGCGAAGCACUUCCUCUCGGAAUUGCAGGCUUCAAUGCUGGCCCCAUGUGUGGGCAACAUGCACGGCAACUACCCCUCGGAUCCGGUCGCAUUCUUCAAGCUUGACCUCCUCUCAGAAUUGGACAAAGCUGUUGGCUACAAGACUCCUUCAAAUGCACACUUAGUCCUCCACGGUACGGACGACCUUCCCGACCAUCUCUUUACAGACUGCAUCAAGCGCGGCACCGUCAAGAUCAACGUGAACUCAUGGACCAGAAAUCCACAGCUCAACGUCUGGGCGCAAGAGAUACCGAAGCAGACUGCGUUGCCCGACGUGUACGAGUUGGGCAUGCAGGUGUUCGAGAAAAACGUGAAGCGGUUCUUCGACCUUUUUGGCUCGACUGGAAAAGCAUAGAGCUGAUUUCCCCAGGAUUGUGACAGAAGCUGCCAGAAAAAGAAUAGAAAUGUAGAUAUUGCGAAGGAGCU